GCCGCUUCUUCUAAGGCUGCUGCGGCUGAGAACGGUAGCAAAGUCGAUAGUUUGGCUAGUGGGGUCGCUGAUCUUCAGAUAUCUGAUCGGACAUGUACCGGGGUGCUCUGUUCCCAUCCCUUGUCUAGAGAUAUUCGGAUAGAAUCUCUUUCACUCACUUUCCAUGGUCAUGAUCUAAUAGUUGACUCUGAACUGGAACUUAAUUAUGGCAGACGCUAUGGUUUGCUUGGUCUAAAUGGCUGUGGGAAGUCUACUCUUCUUGCUGCUAUAGGCUGCCGAGAGCUUCCAAUUCCAGAACACAUGGAUAUUUACCACCUUUCAAGAGAGAUUGAAGCUUCUGAUAUGUCUUCACUUGAGGCUGUUAUAAGUUGUGAUGAGGAAAGGCUGAAAUUGGAAAAAGAAGCUGAAGCAUUGGCUGGACAGGACGAUGGUGGUGGAGAACAACUUGAUCGCAUUUAUGAACGUUUGGAAGCAAUGGAUGCAGCGACUGCUGAGAAGCGAGCUGCUGAGAUCUUAUUUGGUCUUGGCUUUAACAAAAAAAUGCAAGAGAAGAAAACAAAGGACUUUUCUGGUGGCUGGAGAAUGAGGAUUGCUUUAGCAAGAGCCCUUUUCAUGAAUCCAACCGUAUUGUUGCUUGAUGAACCUACGAAUCAUCUUGACUUGGAGGCUUGCGUCUGGUUGGAGGAAACGUUGAAAAAAUUUGAUCGAAUUCUUGUGGUGGUUUCACAUUCCCAGGAUUUUCUGAAUGGAGUCUGUACCAACAUCAUCCAUAUGCAGAACAAGAAGUUAAAGCUUUACACUGGUAAUUAUGACCAAUAUGUCCAAACCCGUGCUGAACUUGAAGAGAACCAGAUGAAGCAAUAUAAGUGGGAGCAGGAGCAGAUAGCUUCGAUGAAGGAAUAUAUUGCACGUUUUGGACAUGGAUCUGCAAAGCUAGCCCGUCAGGCUCAGAGUAAGGAAAAAACUUUGGCAAAGAUGGAGCGUGGUGGGCUCACAGAGAAGGUGGUCAGGGAUAAGGUUCUUGUUUUCCGAUUUCAUGAUGUGGGAAAGCUCCCUCCUCCUGUUCUUCAGUUUGUGGAAGUGAAAUUUGGCUACACCCCAGAUAAUCUUAUUUACAAGAACCUUGAUUUUGGCGUGGACCUUGAUUCAAGAGUAGCCCUGGUUGGACCCAAUGGUGCUGGAAAAAGUACCCUGCUGAAGCUGAUGACGGGGGAUUUAGUUCCUCUGGAUGGCAUGGUUCGGCGCCACAAUCAUUUGAGAAUUGCUCAGUUCCAUCAGCAUUUGACCGAGAAACUUGACCUGGAAAUGUCUGCUCUGCAGUUUAUGCUGAAAGAGUACCCUGGAAAUGAAGAAGAGAAGAUGAGAGCUGCAGUUGGGAAGUUUGGUCUUAGCGGAAAAGCUCAAGUGAUGCCUAUGAAGAACUUGUCUGACGGACAAAGAAGUCGUGUGAUCUUUGCAUGGCUAGCUUGGAGGCAGCCACACAUGCUGCUGUUGGAUGAGCCGACUAACCAUUUGGAUAUUGAGACAAUUGACUCGCUUGCUGAGGCAUUGAAUGAAUGGGAUGGUGGCUUGGUUCUUGUGAGUCACGAUUUUAGGCUUAUAAACCAGGUGGCCCAAGAGAUAUGGGUAUGUGAGAAUCAGUCUGUAACUAGGUGGGAGGGUGACAUUAUGGACUUCAAGGAGCACUUGAAGGUAAAGGCUGGUUUGUCCAACUGAAGCAGAUACAAUAUGAGCAUGGAGGCACUGCUCCUGGCUCUAGCUUCUGUUGCAACUGGGCCAGAAGAUUGUCUGUUGUUCUAUUCAGCGCGCUGUGUUGAAAGCUGAUGAGUGCAGGUGACUCUGCUGGGCGUUUAGGAUGAAAAUGCUGGUUCAAGUCCCCUUUGUAGGAUUGAAGUCGGAGUUGAUGCCUGAGUUACAUAUUAUAUGGAUGUUGCUAGAUCCUUAAACUUGCUGCCACUGGUUGCAUCCAGGGCCAGAGUGGGCAGGUUUUAAUGAAUCCCUAUUUGCUAUAUUUUUAUAUAAAUUUGAUGUUGUACUAGAGUAUCUUAUGGUCUUGGAACCAUUAUUCUAUCUAGUAUCUUUGAAUAAUCUAGAUUCGAUUUGAUUUAAAGGACUGCAACAGUUUAUGACACUAGGUUAAA